AAAAGUUUACACUUCAAGCAAACUUCGACAUAGUAAAUGACUGAUGUCAGUAGCAUUGUUAAAGUGCUCUCCUCCUCGAUUCUCAUCAGAGCAAAGGAGGUUGGUAGGCUGCGCGCGAGCCAUUUUUAACAGAAAAAAAGUGUUCUCAGUGAAAAAAAGAUGUCUGAUUCUGCAGUUGCAACGUCCGCUUCCCCAGUGGCUGCCCCACCAGCGACAGUUGAGAAGAAAGUGGUCCAAAAAAAGGCAUCUGGAUCUGCUGGCACAAAGGCAAAGAAAGCCUCUGCGACGCCGUCACAUCCGCCAACUCAGCAAAUGGUGGACGCUUCCAUUAAAAAUUUAAAGGAACAUGGCGGUUCAUCACUUCUGGCAAUCAAAAAAUAUAUCACUGCCACUUAUAAAUGCGACGCCCAAAAGUUAGCGCCAUUCAUCAAGAAGUACUUAAAAUCGGCCGUGGUCAAUGGAAAGCUUAUUCAAACUAAGGGAAAGGGUGCAUCUGGAUCUUUCAAACUGUCGGCCUCUGCCAAGAAGGAAAAGGAUCCGAAGGCAAAGUCGAAGGUUUUGUCUGCUGAGAAAAAAGUUCAAAGCAAGAAGGUAGCCUCUAAGAAGAUUGGUGUCUCCUCCAAAAAAACUGCCGUUGGGGCUGCUGACAAAAAGCCCAAAGCUAAGAAGGCUGUGGCUACCAAAAAGACUGCCGAAAAUAAGAAAACUGAGAAGGCAAAAGCCAAGGAUGCCAAGAAAACUGGAAUCAUAAAGUCGAAGCCCGCCGCAACAAAGGCGAAAGUGACUGCAGCGAAGCCAAAGGCUGUAGUAGCGAAAGCGUCAAAGGCAAAGCCAGCGGUGUCUGCAAAACCCAAAAAGACGGUGAAGAAAGCAUCGGUUUCUGCUACCGCCAAGAAGCCGAAAGCGAAGACUACGGCUGCCAAAAAGUAAAUUGUGAAAAAGUGCAGUAUUUGGUACAUGUUCGCAAUUAAAAUUUUAGAUUUAUGAUUUAUAGAUCUGAAAUUUGUUUAAACAAGUCCUUUU